CAAAUCGAAACUGAGACCCGUCCGGUCCAGUACAUGAACCGUAUUGCUUUAAUAUAGCCAGCCAUUGAUACGAUACAAAGAAACACAGUGGCCUUGGCCCCUAGGGCUAAAUUUUUUUUGCUGAUCUGUUUCGAUGUCGGACUCGAAGUUCUUCUGAUCGUCAAUCAAUUUCAAUUUGCUUGUCUUUUUCCCAACGAAUCAUUCUCUCCCCUCCAGGUUUUUUACUUUCUUUAUUGUUGAUGGACAUCCAAGAUUAUGCAGGGUUAUCUGAAACCCUACAGAUGCUUCCACCUCCACCUGGAAGUUUUUUAGAUCGAGAAGAACUUAUCCAACAUGUUGGGGAGUUUGCCAUAUCCCAGGGAUAUGUUGUAACUAUCAAGCAAUCUAAGAAGGACAGAGUGGUAAUCCUUGGCUGUGACAGAGGAGGUGUUUAUCGUAAUAGACGAAAACCUAUUGAUGAGGCAUCUGGUGAACAUUCUCGCAAAAGAAAAACAGGUUCUCGGCUUACAAAUUGUCCAUUUGAAUGUGUGGGUAAAAAGGAUGAUGGCUUGUGGGUGCUCACCAUUAAAAAUGGCGAGCACAACCAUGAACCAUUGAAGGACAUUUCAGAGCAUCCUUCUGCUCGUCGCUUCACAGAGACAGAAGUGCUUUUAAUUAAAGAGAUGACAGAAGCUGGUUUAAAGCCACGCCAAAUUCUAAAGAGGUUGAGACAAAGCAAUCCAGAGCUUUUAUCUACGCCAAAGCAUGUUUACAAUGUCAAGGCUAAGCUCCGACAUGGAAACCUUGCAGUGAAGAGAUUCAAGACAUUGAGACCUCAAGCAUCUGUUGUGGGAAACAUACAUCUCCCGUCAACUAGUGAGCCAUCUUGGAGGCAGCGCUACCCUCCGCAGAGGGUUCCCAAUCUCAUUGGCGGUAGAUUUGUUGAUUCGCAAUCAUUGGCAUCCAUUGACAUAAUAAAUCCUGCAACGCAACAAGUUGUCUCUCAAGUUCCUUUAACCUCAGCUGAAGAAUUCAGAGCUGCAGUAUUUGCUGCAAAAAGGGCUUUUCCAUCAUGGCGAAACACACCAGCUACCACCCGUCAACGUAUCAUGUUCAAGCUCCAAGACCUUAUCCGGAGAGACAUUGACAAGCUUGCGUUGAAUAUUACUACUGAGCAGGGUAAAACAUUGAAGGAUGCAUACAGUGAAGUUUUACGUGGGCUAGAGGUUGUGGAGCAUGCUUGUGGAACGGCAAGUCUGCAAAUGGGGGAGUUUGCCUCAAAUGUACCGAAUGGAAUUGACACUUACAGCAUUAGAGAGCCACUUGGUGUUUGUGCUGGGAUUUGUCCUUUCAACUUCCCAGCAAUGAUUCCAUUAUGGAUGUUUCCCAUUGCAGUUACAUGUGGCAAUACAUUUAUUCUAAAGCCUUCUGAGAAAGAUCCAGGAGCUUCUAUUAUACUUGCAGAGUUAGCAAUGGAGGCUGGGUUGCCCAAUGGUGUCUUAAGCAUUGUUCAUGGCACCAAUGAGAUCAUGAAUGCUAUCUGUGAUGAUGACGAUAUUAAAGCUAUAUCAUUUGUUGGUUCCGAUACAGCUGGCAGGUAUUUAGAUGCUAGAGCAUCAGCUAGUGGUAAACGUGUUCAGUCCAAUAUGGGAGCCAAAAAUCCAGCAAUUGUCCUGCCUGAUGCAAACAUGGAUGCUACCUUGAAUGCAUUAGUUGCCGCUGGUUUUGGUGCUGCAGGACAGAGGUGCAGGGCAAUCAGCGCAGUUAUUUUUGUCGGAAGCUCAAAUUCAUGGGAGGACAAACUAGUGGAGCGUGCUAAAUCACUUAAAGUAAAUGCUGGAACUGAACCAGAUGCAGACCUUGGUCCUGUGAUUAGCAAACAGGCAAAAGAGCAUGUAUGCAGAUUAAUUCAGAAUGGUAUUGAUAGCGGUGCCAGACUAGCACUUGAUGGAAGAAACAUUGUGGUUCCAAGAUAUGAACUGGGCAACUUUAUUGCUCCCACCAUCUUAUCUGACGUCAGAAUUGACAUGGAGUGUUACAAGGAGGAAAUUUAUGGCCCGGUGCUUCUUUGCAUGGAGGCUGAUAACUUAGAGGAGGCCAUAAACAUUGUUAAUAGAAACAAAUAUGGCAAUGGAGCUUCUAUAUUUACGACAUCUGGUGCAGCUGCUAGGAAAUUUCAGACCGAGGUUGAGGCGGGGCAGGUCGGUAUAAAUGUCCCAGUUGCAGCCCCGCUACCCUUUUUCUCAUUUACUGGCUCCAAGGCAUCUUUUGCAGGAGAUCUCAAUUUCUUAGGCAAGGCAGGAGUACAGUUUUACACCCAUAUCAAAACAGUGACUCAGCAAUGGAAGGAUUUUUCUGUAGGCGACGGUGUAUCCCUAGCAAAUGAUGAGUCCCUGGUGUUGCCAACAUCGGAUGGAUCACAACAGGCACUGGCAACUUCUGAUGGAUCGCAACAGACAUUGCCAACAUCCGAUGGAUCACAACAGACCGCAACAGACAUUGGAAACUUCUGAUGGGUCACGACAGAUGCAAAUCGCCCAAUCAUCAUUCUAGUUUACACAUGUUUUUUUUUCUUUUUCUUUUUCUUUUUCUUUUUAUUAUUUGUAAUUUAUUUUUGUGUAUUUUUUCCUUUGUUUUGGAGUAGCUUCUGUAGAUUCUCUCUUAACCCUUCAAUGAUAAAAGUAGUCUUUCCCUUCUCUUUUCA